AUGCUACCGUCUCUAAUAAUACCUUUUCUUCUUUUAUCAGCAUAUACCCCAAGAGUAUGGUCACAAGAUGUUGUAGCUGAUGGUGAUAAUAAUUCAAAUAAUAAUAAUAAUAAUAAUAAUAAUAAUUCUACCGUUGAAGAUACAGGUCUAUUAUCGUCCUCUUCUUCGGCAUCAUCAUCAUUAUCAUCAUUAUCACCUUCUUCUGCUCUAGAUUCGAGUUUGGAUGGAUCCUAUUCAAGUUCUACUGAAAGUAGUCCCCUCUCUAGUCUUUCUGAAUCACAAACUUCCUCAUUUCUUUCAUCCUCUUUAUCCUCGUUAUCCUCAAGUGCUGCUACUUUCAUUGUAUCAUCCAGUUCUACUCGUAAUCAAAACUUACCUUCAAUGAUGAGUAACUCUUCCACUCGUGCAUCCUCUUCCACAUCUUCAUCAGCACUAUCAUCCUCUAGCGACAGCUCCAUACGUUCCUCUUCUCCUGCUUCAUCAGAUUCCACUUCUUCCUCCACAUCACCCUCUUCGUCAUCAUCCUCUACCACUUCGUCGUCGUCUUCCUCUUCAAGAAUAACAUCUUCUUCAUCCUCUGAUACAAAUGAUUAUGGUAGCACAGUAACAAGUAUUAUACAUGGUAAGACUAUUCUUUCGAACCAUUAUACGACAGUCACAUAUUCAUCUACCGCCACCGCAGGUUCAAAGAAUACUGAUCAUAAUAAAGGUCUUUCAAAAAAAAAUAAAAAUAUUGUCAUUGGUUGUGUAGUCGGUAUCGGUGUGCCUUUAAUCAUAGGUAUUUUGGUUAUCCUCUACUUAUUCUGUAUUAGAUCUAAAAAGACAGACUUCAUUGACUCUAAUGGUAAUGUUGUCACGGCAUAUCGUACUAAUAAAGUUACUAAAGCUUGGCAUAAUAUGAUAGGUAAGAAUCAAGAUGAUGACGACUAUGAAACUAAUGAACCAUUAGGAACGUUAGCUCAUGAUAAUGAUAUCGACGACGACGAUGAAGCGGUACGUGGAUUGUCACAUCAGUUACGUAAUAAUGAUUUGGAUAUGACUCAUAGUAAUAGUAGUGGUAGUGGAAACUCUUUAGAUUCAACAUCGAGGAACAAUAAAAACAAUUUGAAUAUGGAUGGCUCAUUAUCGGGAUCGAAUAAUGUUACUAGGUCCAAUGAUUUGCUACUAAACGAAGAUAGAUAUUAUGAUGAAGAUGGGAAUGAACUUAAUGCAAAAAUGUAUUGA